AUUAGAAAUUGUGGAAGAGAAAAAACUAAAUAUUCUAUUUGAAAUCUGUUAAAGAAAGUAAUAAGAAAAGUUAUUAAAUAAUUAAAAUGGAGUUUGUUUACAAAUCGAUAUUUUUAUUUAUCUGCGGAUUGUAGGAUUCUUUUAGAAUAUAUCCUAUAAAAAGAUACAUAGUCACAUCUCAUAGAAAUUCUCAAAAGAUUUUUAAAAUUCUAGGAUAGAGCUUCAUACAUUUGUUUAUCUAUUUUAUUCUGUCAAUUGUUAUAAUGAAUCUCUUAUCUAACUCUGCUUUGUUUUAGAAAUUAAAGGAACUUAGCCAAGUUGCAGAAACUAUUUUCUUUGUACUUUACUAUGUUUUGUGGUUAGGACCACUUUAUUUAAUUACAACAAUUUACACCUUCUUCUGGUUUGGAGAUAUAGCUAAUUUAGCAUUUGAGAUUGAAAGAGAUCAUUACAGAGUUAAAAUAGUUCAAGCUAAACAAAGCAUAGAAACAAUGGGAGCAAAUGCUCUUAAAAAAAUAGUAUUCAUGAUUGUAUAUAUGAUUCUUUCUAUAAGUGCUGGUAUCUUCUUAGGAAUGAUACCUUACAUAGGAAAAAUAUUAAUUAUUAUGUUAUAUAGUUUUUAUUAUUCACUUUUCCUUUUCAUGCUGAAAUGGAAUUACAAUCCAUACAUACUUUCUUAUUUUGAGUAGUAUGCAGCAUAUUUCCUAGGGUUUGGAUUGAUGUACAGUUGGUUUACUAAUUUAUUUACUGGCGCUCUUAAUGAUGGAAUGUAUUGGAUACUAUUCCCAAUAUACAUAUUUAACUCCACUUGCACAUAACCCCCUUACUUGAAAGAUCUCGAAAUAAAGAGUUUCUCUUAGCUCAAAGAUUUGAUUUAAGGAAAGAAUUAUCAAAGAAGUAACGUUUCAUAUGAUGAGCAUUUAAAACAGUUAAGGGAUGAUCCUCAAUACAAAAAAUAGUGUCUGAAGCAAGGUAGUAUCUUCUAAAUAGUUAGAAAACUUACAAAUAAAAUUAAUGAUAUAAUAGGUAAAUAUUUAAUUUAACAAACAAUGAAUGAAUCUCCUGAUUCUUAAUCAUCUCAAAUCUCUACAAAUUGAGAUAAUUAAUUAUUGUUAAAUAAAGAUAAAGCAGAAUUUAAUUAAUAUAUAAAUUUUGUAUGCAUAUUUAAAUAUUAACUUCAUUAAAUUAAUGAAUGAAAAUAUUAGUAAAAAUUUACUUAGAUUUUUAUCUUUUUUAUUUAAAUAUUUCAAAAAAACGACAAAAAGUAUCAAAAUUUUUGCAUUUCAAAC